AUGGCGGCCAAACGGAAGGCUGCGGCCAUGAACAUGGCCCCCAACGAAGACCCAGUCGAUCCUUCGGAUGAGCUCUUGUUUCUGUGUCUGGGCGGCGGCAACGAGGUCGGUCGAUCUUGUCACAUCAUUCAGUACAAGGGCAAGACGGUCAUGCUCGACGCCGGUCAACACCCAGCAUACGACGGCCUCGCCGCUUUGCCCUUCUACGAUGACUUCGACCUCAGUACAGUAGACAUUCUGCUGAUCAGCCAAUCAAUAGACUAUGUAUUCUCGCACUCCCGGUUGCUAUUUGUGAUGCGACAGACCUAUCCCCCAGAGCCCACACUAGCCGAUCCGACCACGACCACGCACGAUGAGGUCCUCAUGGCGAUGAACCGUAACGCUGACGAGUCCAGUUUCCACGUCGACCACGCGGCCUCUUUACCCUAUGUCCUGUCCAAGACCAACUUCAAGGGGCGUGUCUUCAUGACCCAUCCCACAAAGGCCAUCUACAAGUGGCUCAUCCAGGACUCGGUGCGCGUCGGCAAUACAUCAUCCAACUCGACAACGCAGCCAGUGUAUACUGAACAAGAUCAUCUCAACACAUUCCCCCAAAUCGAAGCGAUCGAUUACCACACGACACACACCAUCUCCUCGAUCCGCAUCACGCCGUACCCGGCUGGCCAUGUGCUCGGGGCGGCCAUGUUCCUCGUCGAGAUCGCAGGGCUCAACAUCUUCUUCACCGGCGACUAUUCUCGCGAGCAGGAUCGUCAUUUGGUGUCAGCCGAGGUGCCCAAGGGCGUCAAGAUCGACGUGCUCAUCACAGAGUCCACGUACGGCAUCGCCUCGCAUGUGCCCCGAGUGGAGCGCGAGCAGGCCUUGAUGAAGACGAUUACCAGCAUCCUCAAUCGCGGUGGGCGCGCCCUGCUGCCUGUCUUUGCCCUGGGGCGUGCGCAGGAGCUUCUUCUCAUCUUGGACGAGUACUGGGCCAAGCACCCCGACUUUCAGAAAUUCCCCAUCUACUACGCCAGCAACCUCGCUAGGAAGUGUAUGCUGGUCUACCAGACAUAUGUCGGCGCCAUGAACGACAACAUCAAGCGUCUCUUCCGCGAGCGCAUGGCCGAGGCCGAAGCAACCGGCGACGGCAAGGGGAAAGGCGGACCUUGGGACUUCAAAUUCAUCCGGUCGUUGAAGAACCUUGAUCGCUUUGACGAUGUGGGCGGCUGUGUCAUGCUGGCAAGUCCCGGUAUGCUGCAGAAUGGCGUAAGCAGAGAGCUCUUUGAGCGAUGGGCGCCGAGCGACAAGAACGGUGUCAUCAUCACCGGCUACAGUGUCGAGGGCACUAUGGCACGGCAAGUCAUGCAGGAGCCUGACCAGAUCCAGGCAGUCAUGUCACGCAGUAUUGCAGGCGCGAGACGAGGCGUCGGUGGGGACGAAAAGGUCCUCAUCCCACGCCGCUGCAGUGUGGCCGAGUACUCAUUCGCGGCACACGUCGAUGGUGUCGAGAACCGCGAGUUUAUCGAAGAAGUUGCCGCCCCUGUCGUUAUUCUAGUCCACGGGGAGCAGCACAAUAUGAUGCGUCUCAAGUCUAAGCUUCUCUCACUCAACGCAUCGAAGACCACAAAGACAAAGGUCUUCUCGCCCCGAAACUGCGAGGAACUCCGCAUCCCCUUCAAAUCCGACAAGACAGCCAAGGUCGUGGGCAAGCUCGCGUCCAUCCCUCCGCCUCUGCCGUCGGAAGACGAAAGCACGGCCCUCACCAAGGACCCUCCCCUCGUAUCUGGCGUGCUCGUCCAGAAUGACUUCAAGCUCUCCCUCAUGGCGCCAGAAGACCUGCGCGAGUACGCCGGUCUCAGCACCACGACCAUCGCCUGCAAGCAGCGUCUUCGGCUAAGCGCAGCAGGCGUCGACCUCAUCAAAUGGGCGCUGGAGGGUACCUUUGGCGCCAUUGAGGAACUCCCCGAGAUGCGCCAGGCUGCCAACGGCAACGGCGAUGCCAUGGAACACGAUAUGCGGGAAGAGACUGCUGAUGAGGAGAUUCCCAACCUCGUGGCAGCCUAUCUCGUCAUGGGCAUCGUCACCGUUCGUUACCGCUCUACAGGCGACGUUGAGCUCGAGUGGGAGGCCAACCUGCUCAACGACGGCAUCGCUGACUCGGUCAUGGCCGUGCUCUUCAGCGUGGAGAGCUCCCCGGCUGCGGUCAAGCGGUCUUCGUCCAAGCACAGCCACUCGCACAUUGUAGACGGAACAAUGAAGAACCCACACGCCAACCCGUCGCCCGAAGAGCGUCUGGAGCGUCUGUUCUGGUUCUUGGAGGCACAGUUUGGUGCGGACAAUGUCGCGCCCAUCGACACGCCCAAGCUGCCGCAAGCAGCCACAAAGGAGAUCAAGGCCGAGGCCAAGGAAAGGGAGGAGAUGGAUGUCUCGCCCGACGGCGAUAGCAACGAUGAGGGAGAAAGGCAUCAAAAGGAGAUUGAGAGGCUUCACAAGAUUGGCAUUCCUGUGCCGGGCGUCAGCAUCACGGUGGACAAGAUGUCGGCCAAGGUGUGGCUGGAAGAUCUGGAGGUCGAGUGUAACAACAAGGUCUUUGCAGACAGGGUCAGGGCGGUGGUGGAACGUGCAGUCGAGGUGACGGCACCUCUGUGGCGAUGA